AUGCAAUGCAUUUUUACACUAAGGGCGCAUAAAACCGCCGUCUUUAGACGAACCAUGGCUUCAGAAGAAGAGAAGGUAUUAGCGGAGGCGAAGAAGCUCCCUUUAGAAGAUAGGAUAGCUCAUAAGAACUGGAAGGUUAGGAACGAGGUGUAUUUGGAUAUCGCAGAUGCGUGCAACAAAAUCAAGGAUCCAAAAGACCCCAAACUUAAAGAAUACGGUCAUUUGUUGAAGAAAGCAGUGUCUGACGCGAACGCGCCUGCACAAGAGAAGGCUUUAGAUGCAUUGAUAGCCUUUCAGCUGGCAGCAGAUGCUGAUGUUGCGAGGUUCGCCAAGGAAAUCUGCGAUGCUACGGCUACGAAGUGCCUCACGGGUCGACCUAAGACAGUCGAGAGGGCUCAGACGUCGUUUCUUCUCUGGGUCGAGCUCGAGGCCGUUGAGGUUUUCCUGGACUGCAUGGAGAAAGCGGUGAAGCACAAAGUGGCGAAGGCCGUAGUGCCAGCCAUCGACGCCAUGUACCAAGCGCUCAGCCAAUUCGGAACAGGCGUGGUUCCUCCGAAACGCAUCUUCAAGAUGCUUCCCGGUCUUUUCAACCACGCUGACCAAGGGGUGCGGCAGUGCACCAAGGGGCUCACUGUUGAGCUGUGUCGCUGGCUGGGAAAGGACACCGUCAAGCGCUUGCUGUUCGAAGGGCUCCGUGAUGCCACGAAAGCGGAGCUCGAGGCGGAAUUCGAGCGUGUCGAAGGUCGUGCAGUUCCGACGAGGAGGAUCCGUUCUGAGCAGAUGAAGGAGAUUGAGGAGCCAGAGGCGCUGGAUGCCCCAGCAGACGACUCCAAGGCCGCAGAGGCUGAGGCUCCUCCUGUGAUUGACGACUACGACCUAGCGGACCCUGUGGACAUCUUGACGCCGCUAUCCAAGACGACCUUCUACGACGGCAUUAAAGCUACCAAGUGGUCAGAGAGGCGCGAUGCCAUUGCAGAGCUGGCCAAACUGGCGAGCACCAUACGCAUUGCACCGGGAGACUUUCUGGAUAUUCAACGAAGCUUGAAGAAGCUGACAACGGAUGUGAACAUUGCAGUGGCCACGGAGGCCAUUCAGGCAGCCGGCAACCUGGCCAAGGGCCUACGGAAGGACUUCUCAUCUGGAGCACGACUCAUGCUGCCAGCCCUAUUGGAGAGGUACAAGGAGAAGAAGCCGACUGUGGUGCAGGCCAUUCGAGACACGCUCAAGGCGUUCUACGUCUCAGGGUGCUUGACACUGCCGGAUGCACUCGAGGACAUCACCACGGCCGUGAAGCACAAGGUGCCGCAGGUCCGUUCGGAGGUGCUGGGGUGGGUGGCUGUGUGCAUCGAGGCCAGCAAGCGGCCGCAAGUCAUGGCGGUGCACAAGGAGCUCAUCCCCAUGCUUGUUGAGAGCCUGCAAGAUGGGACCGUGGAUGUUCGAGAGGCGGGCUUCAACGCCCUUGCGAACGUUGCCAAGUGUGUGGGCAUGAAGCCGUUGGAGAGGCAUUUGGAGUCGGUUGAUGAGGUGCGCAAGAAGAAGCUCAUUGACGUCAUUGCCAGUGCUGGCGUCACUGUCGACGCCGCACCCCAAGCCACGGCCAGCAGGACCUCUGGGGGCAGCCAGGCGGCGUCCAGAGCACCUCCUCCCGCCAAGGCGUCUGCAGCCAGCCUGCUCAGUGGCAAAGCCGGAGCUCGCCCGUCCGCCACGGGCGCCAAGGUGGAGACAGGCAGCUCGGCUGCUGGAGGCAAGAAGGCUGGCAACGAUGCUAAGAAGCCCGCCCAGGCAGCUGCCCCACCAGAGGAGAUUGAGCCGGAGCCUUGGAGCCCAGAGACAGUGGAGGAGCGAGCCAAGGCAGUGCUGCCGCCAGAGAUGGUGGACAACCUCAAGAGCUCCGCCUGGAAGGAGAGGCUCGAGGCGAUGACGGGCAUCAAGGAGAUGGUGCCCAGCAUGGCAGACGCACAGGCCAACGUUGAGACCAUAGUGCGCCUCAUCUCCACCACCCCUGGCUGGUCCGACAAGAACGUACAGGUGCUGCAGAAGAUGCUGGAGUGUGUGUCAGCCCUGGCUGACAAGGUCGACAGGUUCCCCAAGAAAUGCGUCGUGCUCUGCAUUGAAGGUCUUAUCGAGAGGGUCGGGGACAUCAAGACGCGCAUCCAGGCCACAGCGUGUCUCACCACGCUCGCAGAAUGCGUCGGCCCACAGUUCAUCUUCACCAGAAGCAUCCCCAUAGUGAGCGCGCACAAAAACCCCAAGGUGCUGGCAGAGAGCAUCACAUGGAUGGUCACCGCCGUCGACGACUUCGGCACCGCCCAGCUGAACCUCAAGGAGCUGCUGGAGUUUGUGAAGAACGUGGGGCUGGGCUCCAGCAAUGCGCCGUGCCGAAGUGCCGCCACCAAGCUGCUGGGCGCCAUGCACAAAUACGUGGGGCCAGAUCUGAAGGGCUUCCUGUCGGAUCUCAAGCCCGCCCUCAUGACCUCAGUGGAAACAGAGUUUGAGAAGAACCCCCACGAGCCAUCAGCAGCGCCAACAAGAACAGUGAAGCGCCCGUCAAGUGGGGCAGGUGGUGAGGCAGCAGCAGCAGAGGGGGAGGUAGCAGCGGGCAGUGGUGGAGGGGCAGGGCUGCCUCGAGAGGACAUCAGUGCCAAGCUGACCGCAACUCUCAUUGCCAACCUUGGCAACUCCAACUGGAAGGUGCGGCAGGAGUCGAUGGACGCGGUCAAUGGCAUCAUUGAGGAGGCCAAUCGCCGCAUCCUGCCCGACGGCACAUUUGAGGUGUUUGGGGCGCUAAGGGCGCGACUGUCAGACAGCAACAAGAACCUCAUCAUCCUCGCCAUGAACACCAUCGCCAACCUGGCUGACGCCAUGGGCGCACCAGUGGACAAGCACAGCCGGGGCAUCAUAUCGGACGUGCUCAAGUGCCUGAGUGACCCCAAGCGCCAGACCAGGGAGGCAGUCGUCAAGACCCUCGACUCCUGGCUGGGAGCGCUGGGCCCCGACAAAAUGAUCCCAGUGGUGGCGCCUGCAAUGAUGGACGCCAAGAUAGCAGCGGAUGGGCGCAAGGAGCUCUACGAGUGGAUGCUGCGGCAGCAGGUGCUCUCCAAGAGCGACCCCGGCAGUGCCAUCACGCUGCUGCGUGCAUGUGCAGCUGGGCUGCAGGACAAGUCACAGGAGAUCCGCAAGGUAGCUGAAGCCCUCACCACGGAGCUCGUCAAGGCCUGUGGCUGCGAUGCUGUGAGCAAGGCAGCGAAGCACGACCUGCCAGCAGCAGCGCAGCCGCCGGUGCUGCUGAUAUCGGAGAAGCACCGGGUGUCAGCGGGCAGUGCGGACGGCAUGGAGGAGGACGAGGAGGAGGCGCCCACCGUCAGCCCGGCCCUCAAAGGCACAUCUCGUGGCACCAGGCCUCCCUCGCCUGGUUCUGGGGGCCGAUCCUCCCUCCCCGCACCACCGAUGGGGAGGUCACCAGCAUCGGCAUCAAAGAUGGGCGCGCGGCAGAUGCAGGCAGCACUGCAGGAGGCAGCGCUGCAGAACGAGCCGCUCUUCAACCUCAGGGAGUCCAUCAAGGAGGAGAGGGACCGGUCACCACGUGGCAUCAAGGUCAAGUACGAGGACCCGCGACCAGAGCAGCUGCAGGAGCUGGAGGCGGACGUGGCGAAGAUAUUCCGGGAGGACCUGGUGCAGCGCAUGUUCAGCAAGGACUUCAAGCAGCACGUGGCUGUCAUUGACAUCUUCCACAAGGCCAUGGAGCAGCAGCCGCACGAGUUCAUGGAGGUGCUGGACCUGCUGCUGCGGUGGGUGGUGCUGCGCAUAGCGGAGGCCAACACCACGUCGCUGCUGCGCGCUCUCGACUUCCUCACGGACCUCGUGCAAGUGCUCACCAUAGAGGGCUACAUCCUCACGGAGUAUGAGGCCAACAUCCUCCUGCCCUGCCUCGUUGAGAAGUCGGGGCACAACAUAGCCAACAUCAGGGAGAAGAUGCGGGAGCUCAUGCGGUCGCUGCCGCUGGUGUUUCCAGCGACACGCGUGUUCCAGGCGGUGGUGGAGGGGCUGCGCUCCAAGAACAACCGCACUCGCAUUGAAUGCGUGGAGCACAUGGAGGCCAUGCUGGAAAGGCAUGGCAUUGAGACGAUGGGCAGCUCACGGGUGCCGCUGGUGACGGUGGCGGCGCUGACCACGGAGAGAGACACGGAGCUGCGCAAGGCGGCGCUGAGCAUGCUGGCGUCCGUGUAUGUGGUGCUGGGAGAUGACAUCUGGCGGCUGCUGGGGAAACUCACCGACGCACAGAGGGGGCUCAUUGAAGACAAGCUCAAGUGGAAGGCGCGAGAGAUGGAGAAGCGCAGGGAGGGGGCUCCGGGCCAGCAGAGGGGCAGGCGCAUCCACAUGGCGGCCAUGACCCGCCGCCGCGCCACCGACAGCCAGGCCUAUGCGCACUCGUCACACUCCACACAAGCAGGGCCGGAGUCAUUCUUUGAGGCCAUUCUGUUCAUUGAUCGUGAGGCGCCGCCUGAGAGGGUAGUGGAGGGGCUCAAGUACCUGUUCCAUGAGAUGCGCAGGGGGAUCACGGAGGAGGACCCCUGCGUGCUUGCUGUGUUCCGGGAGCACAUGCCGCGCUACAUCCGGAUGCUGCGCUUCCAGUUUGUGCAGUUCUUUGUGCGCUCCGUUCCCGACGCACAGGUCAAGACCUACAAGUACAUCCUCAACUCGCUGCUCACGCUAUUCGAGACCAAAUCACUGAGCAUGCAAAUCCCGGAUGACGACCUGCGACUGCUACUGGAGGAGAUGACCAUCUUCAUGCUGCACGAGCGCGUCAAGCGGCGCAACCCCGACGACUCCACUGCGGACCUGUGCCGCGCCGUGAACAUCCUGCUGCUCAAGAUCCUGGACACGGCGCCCUCCACGCCGCUCUUCCUCUCCUUCAUGACCAUCCUGCGCCCCACCUACACCAUCAAGGGCUCCACUGCUGCUGACGUCAAGGGCCCCGAUGGCACACCACUCGCCGCACUCGUUGUCAAGUGCCUGCUGCGCAUGUGCAAGAACUUCAGUGGGUACGUGGCGGACAUGGACUUUGACCGCCUGCUGUUCGGCAUCCACCAGUACUUUAGCGACUUCUCCCACGCCGAGCUCCGCAGGAGAGUGACGACGGACGAGCGCACACUCUCCAUGUUCCGCAAGAUCCUGGCAGAGGCCGUGGCAGCCAAGGGGCCGGCCAUCAAGGGACACCUGUCGCUGAUCCCCAUCGACGAGACGCCACAGCCGUUCAUCCUGCAGCAGGUCGACCUGGUGCUCCAGCAGGUCCUCGAACGCUCCUCCGCCACCGCUGCUGACGCUGCAGUGCCUGAUGACUCCUCACUACCUGACCAGGAUGAGCUGCAGAGCAUAGUGCGCAAGAUAGUGGAUCGCAAGCAAGGAGCAGUCAGCCUAUUCGAGCUUCACUACUACAUGCAGUCACACCCUGGGAUUGACGUGUUUGCACGGCUGUCCAGCAUCAGCGACACGAUGAGGGAGUACCUUCAAAUGGGCAUCCUCCACGUGCGCGAGCACGUAGCCCGAGGCGGCACCUUUGCCACAUUCGAUGCCUCUGUGCUGGAAGCAGGCGCUGCUGCCUCUGUGCCGGAAGCAGGCGCUACUGGAGGCAUGAGGUGGCCUUCCAGGGCGGUGCCAGCGAUGCCGGUGCCAGAGGAGCAGCAUCUGCCCUUGAGUGGGCUGCCGCCCAACGUGGUGCAAAGAGGGGCGGGCGAUGGUGGGAGCUAUGGGAGUGCUGCAGCAGAUGCAGCGGCGUAUGAGAUGUCUAAGAUGAGGCUCAAUGGGCAGCACUCAGGUGUCAACCUCAGAUACUGA